GGAGGGCGUUCGGAGGUGGUUGUCUCGGAGGACAAAGCGCGCACACUUGAGCAGCGAAGGCGGACGGGGAGGCGCAGGUGUGGCGGUCUUGAGGCCUUUGUGAGCUGAAAUUCCAUUCCUUGCGAUAAAAUGGAUUUGUUGUGGCUCAACCAAUUUGCGGUCCUCCUCUGGAAAAAUUUCGUUUUAAAGAAAAGGAAGAUAAUUUCUUUAAUUGUGGAAAUCUUCAUGACGGUCUUCUUCUCUCUACUGAUUUUGCUUCAUCGCAGAAAUAUAAAGAAGACGUUUCAGAAUGUUACUAUUUUCAGGCCUGUUCCUUUGAUGACCCUGCCUGAUUUCUUCUUUAAUAGGAGCUAUGUAUAUGAAUUAGCUUAUGUGCCUUCUAAAAGUGUUGUGGUAAAAAAUAUUACUGAGAUGGUGAAAGAGACGUUAAAUACCAAUUUUUCAGUUCAAGGCUUUUCUUCAGAAGCACAGUUUGAAAAGUACAUUAUGUAUGAAAAGAAGCCUAUGGUUCAUGUGCUGGCUGCUAUUGUAUUUGAUCAUGACUUCAAAAACAGCGAUGACGGUUUGCCACUUAAAGUAAAAUAUCAUCUGCGUUUUGGUGCAGGUACUGAGAAAUCUUCAAAUUUACUAAGCUCCUUAAAAGAUACUGGAUGGAAUACACAUCUUCUCUUUCCAGAGAUACCUUCUCUAGGACCCAGGAACCUAGUUGAUGAUGAUGGAGGAGAUCCUGGGUACAUCAGAGAAGGGUUCCUGCUUUUGCAGCAUGUCGUAGAUCGGGCCAUCAUGACAUACCAUAACGGCAGAGCUGCAGAACAAGUGUUUAGUGAUGUCUUAAUUUUUCUUAGGCGGUUUCCAUUCCCUGCUUAUUAUAUUGAUACUUUUUUGUGGAUUUUUAUAAGUAUCUUCCCUUUGGUAGUUUUACUUGUAUUUUCUCUAACUGAACUUACCCUCAUCAGGACCAUUGUUUCGGAAAAGGAAAAGAGAUUAAAGGAGUACCAGCUCAUGAUAGGACUCAGUAAUGCUAUGCUCUGGGCUUCCAAUUUUGUCUCAUUCUUUCUGAUGUUUUUAAUUAUUGUCUGUUUACUGUGCGUGAUUUUAUUUGUCAAGAUCGUACCUGAUGUAGUCCUCCGGUACAGUGACCCAUCUCUCAUCUUUGUGUUUUUCCUGUGCUUUGUCAUCGCCUCUAUAUCCUUCGGCUUUCUGAUUUCCACAUUCUUCGAUACAGCUACUUUGGCUGUUUCUGUUGGAGGUUUCCUCUAUUUUGUCACCUUCUUUCCAUACGUAUUCGUGAGCACCAUGUAUACACAGAUGACCCUCACCGAGAAGCUGGCUUUCUGUGUCUUUUCGAAUGUUGCAGUAGCUUUGGGGGUUGAUUUUAUAAGCAAGAUGGAAAUGAAGCAGUAUGGUGUCCAGUGGAAUAACAUGCUGUCACCAGUGAACCCAGAUGAUGACCUUAGUUUUGCUCACAUUAUGGGAAUGCUUUUAUUUGAUGCUUUCUUGUUUGGCCUUAUGACCUGGUAUAUAGAUGCUGUCUUUCCAGGGAAGUAUGGUGUGCCCAAGCCAUGGUAUUUCUUUGUGCAGAAAUCCUACUGGUUUGGUAAAGCUUUAAGCAUUAAGAAGAAAGAAGAUAAGCAAAUUAUUGAUAUAACUAGAAGUGACUAUUUUGAAGAUGAGCCUGUUGAUUUGGCAGCUGGUAUCAGGAUUCAACAUCUGUACAAGGAAUUCACAAUGGAGAAGGAUACCAUCAUGGCAGUAAAAAACUUAUCUUUCAAUGUAUAUAAGGGGCAAAUUACUGUUCUUCUGGGACCUAAUGGGACAGGAAAGACUACCACCUUAUCAAUUCUCACAGGUUUGACUCUUCCUACAAGUGGAAAGGUGUAUAUUAGUGGAUAUGAUAUCUCAAAAGACAUGGUUCACAUCAGGAAUAACUUGGGCUUUUGCCCCCAGGAUGACAUAUUGUUUUCAGAAUUGACAGUAUCAGAACAUCUCUAUUUCUACUGUGUGAUAAAAGGAGUACCUCCAGAGAUACGUCUCACAGAAGCUAAUAAAAUGCUGACUUCUUUUGGCCUGCUGGAAAAGCAUGAUGCACUUGCAAAGUCACUGAGUGGAGGAAUGAAGCGCAAACUCUCCAUCAUUAUAGCACUUAUAGGAGGUUCCAAGGUGGUGAUACUUGAUGAGCCAACAUCUGGCAUGGACCCAGUCUCAAGGAGAUUCACCUGGAAUGUCCUUCAGCAGUAUAAACAUGAUCGUACCAUCUUACUGACCACCCACCACAUGGAUGAAGCUGAUGUCCUGGGUGACCGUAUAGCCAUCAUGGUGAAGGGAUCCCUGCAGUGUUGUGGCUCUUCAAUUUUCCUGAAAAGAAUAUAUGGUGUGGGAUACCACAUAAUUAUGGUGAAGGAGCCUCAUUGUAAUGUUGAAGAAAUUAUUCGAGUGGUUGAUCAACAUGUACCUGAAGCCAGAUUGGAGAACAAUGUUGCAGCUGAAUUAUCAUUUAUCCUACCCAAAGAAUACACACACAGGUUUAAAGACCUGCUUACUGAUCUGGAAAACAGACAGAAAGAGCUGGGCAUUGGUAGCUUUGGUGUCUCAAUCACUACCAUGGAAGAAGUUUUCCUUAGGGUCAGUAGAGAGGAUGAUGAAGCUUUCCAGACCCCAUCCCUAAAGGACAAAAACAGAAGAGAAAACAUGAACCAGAAUAUGAAUGUGCCCAGAAGUUUUGAGAGAUCAUACUCUCCCACUGCAAGUGAACCCUCUAAUAUUAAGUUUAAUAGUGGGUGGUCUCUUAACUGCCAGCAGUUUUGUGCCAUGUUCUUAAAGAGGGCUAUGUUCUCUUGGCGCAACUGGAAUUUGAUGUUGAUGCAGAUACUGGGACUUCUGGGCAUUGUUUAUUUUCUCAUGAGAGGAAUGGAAAUUUCAAGAAAUAGAGUUGAAAAUGCCAGGGAAAUGGAUUUGGAACAAUAUGGUCAAACCAUUGUGCCUUUCUCAGAUGAUGACCGUUCUGAUUUUUCUCAGAAUUUAACAAAAAUUCUUGAGACGAUGCUAAAGGCUAAGAAACAAAAAUUUCAGGAAGUGAAAGGUGGCUUAAUGAAAUACUUGCAGGAAAGUCAAGAAUGCAUUUACUCAUGCAUUAUUGCACUUUCCUUUCACGUUGUUGGAAAUAAAAAAAUAGUUACACUUUGGUUCAACAACAAGGCAUACCACUCACCACCAUUAUCCCUGGCAGUAUUAGACAAUCUUAUUUUUAUGGCACUUUCUGGCCCUGAUGCUUCAAUUACGGUCUCCAACAAACCUCAGCCUCAAAAUAUUGUGUCUAAAAAACUUGAGGGAAGAAAAAUACCAGGAAUGCAGGUAGCCUUGAAUUUGUUUUUUGGUGUGAGUAUUUUUGUCAGUGGCUUUUGUCUUCUGACAGUGACUGAGAGAAUCACUAAGGCAAAGCACAUCCAGUUUGUGAGUGGGGUCUCUGCCAUUAAUUUCUGGCUCUCUGCUCUGCUGUGGGACUUCAUCAUCUUCUUCAUUGCCUGCUGCUUACUAAUGGUGGUGUUCCUAUUAUCUGGAUUGGAUGCACUGACCAAGAAUUACUGCUUUCUGGACACAUUGGUCAUCUUCAUGCUGUUUGGCUGGUCUGUCAUUCCCUUCACAUACCUGAUAAGUUUCCUUUUUUCUAGUCAUACCAGUGCCUACAUCAAGCUCGUUAUGUUAAACUACUGUGCAGGAGUUUUCAGUAUAGUAAUGGAUAUAAUAAUAACCACAACAUCAGACAAAGGAUCUGCUUCUGAAAGCCUCCUACUUAAUUCAAUGAUGGUGUUACCCAUGCAUAACUUUGGGAUGAGCAUCAGCAAAUAUUAUGAUAACCAAGAGACAAAGAUUCUGUGUUCCUCAACAGAUGUUCCUGCCUUCAUAAACUGUAGUAAAGCAAUAACUCAGAUGAAUGUAUAUAGUUUGGAAAAAGAUGCAAUAGGAAGAUUUUUAGUUGCAAUGGCUGUUACGGGAUUUAUUUUCUUCCUCUUGAUUUUCCUUAUGGAGACCACCUCAUGGAAAGUGAGAACCUUUGUGUUUCGCUAUAUUUUCUUUGGUAUCUACAAGAAAUUUAAUAAGGAUAUAGUAUCCACAGAAUUAUCUGGGGAAUCUGAAGAUGAUGAUGUACAAUAUGAGAGAAACAGAAUCCUGGAGCAGCCUCAGGAAUUGCUGAAUUUCACAGUACUUAUUAAGGAACUCACAAAGAUAUAUUUUACAUGUCCAGCUGUUUUGGCUGUCAGAAAUAUCUCCCUUGGAAUCCAAAAGGAGGAAUGUUUUGGACUGCUUGGAUUAAAUGGAGCUGGAAAAACUACUACCUUCGAAAUAUUGACAGGAGAGGAGACUGCUACCUCUGGGGAUGUGUUCAUUGAGAAUUUAAGUAUCACCAAAAAUCUUCUAGAGGUAAGGUCAAAAAUUGGCUAUUGUCCACAGUUUGAUGCUUUGCUGGAUUACAUGACUGCUCGGGAAAUUUUGGUCAUGUAUGCCAGGUUGUGGGGUGUUCCUGAGACCCAGAUUACACAAUAUGUGAAUCAACUAUUGCAAUCACUAAAUCUGGAACCCUAUGCUGACAAGUUUAUUUAUACUUACAGUGGAGGAAACAAACGUAGACUGAGUAAUGCCAUUGCCCUAAUGGGAAAGCCCUCAGUCAUCUUCCUGGAUGAGCCAUCAACUGGCAUGGACCCAGGGGCCCGGCGCCUGCUUUGGAACACAGUAACAAGGGCACGUGAAAGUGGCAAAAUCAUCAUCAUUACCUCUCACAGUAUGGAGGAAUGUGAUGCCCUCUGUACCAGGCUGGCCAUCAUGGUGAAGGGAAAAUUCAUUUGCCUGGGCAGCCCUCAGCACCUCAAGAACAAGUUUGGCAAUGUUUACAUCCUGAAGGCUAAGUUCAAGAUGGAUACAGAUGAGAAAGAAUUAGAGAAUUUUAAAAAAUAUAUUGCAACGGUUUUCCCAGGUAGUGAAUUAAAACAUGAGAAUCAAGGGAUCCUUAACUACUACAUUCCCAGCAAGGACAAUGGCUGGGGAAAGGUAUUUGGUAUUUUGGAGGAAGCUAAAGAGCAAUUGAAUUUAGAAGACUAUUCCAUCAGUCAGAUAACGCUGGAACAAGUCUUCCUGACCUUUGCUACCCCAGAGAACACAGAAGGGGACUGAAAAAAAAAAAAAGGUGCAAUGAGAUUCACUUCUAACUACUGACACUAUGUCUUCCUUAGUACUCUCUACUAUACCUGGAUACAUAGAGGGGCAUUUCUGUGUGUGUAUAUCUUGAAAU